AGAAGGCUCUCUACCACGCUGAAGCUAUCCUUGCUGCCACUCCCCCUGAUCACCCCCUCUACGAGAUGUACAAGAGCAUCCACUCUUAUGCACUUUUGGCCGCUCCCAAUGAGGAAAGCCCAGUUAGCCACGACGAGAUCAUCAAUCACGCUCGAGAGGAGGUCGAACGGGCUAAGGCUGCCAGGGACCCCAACUGGGGUAGGAAGGUGCUUCGACUAUGCAACCUUCUCUAUGCCCGUUUCGAGAAGAACCUUGAAGCUCGUGAUGACAACAUUAGUGGGCAGAAGAGGCUUACGGAUGACCUUGACCUGGAGCACGCCUUCACCGACUGGAAGAAAGUUGCUACCGCUGGGCUCAGGAGUAUCCCAUCUCCCCCAAGUGUCCGUUUCCGAGCUGCGUUGAAGUGGGCUGACGUUGCCUGCCGCGAGGGCCGAUACAAGAGCGCAGUUGAGGCCUACAAGGUUGCCAUGAGCUUGGCACCUCGAGUCUCCCUUGCAAGGCGGAGGGGCGCCUUGUCCGAUGAUUCCACUAGUGCCGUCGAAGCUGCUCCUGGCGAAGAAAACGAGCUGGCCCUUCACGCCUUUAGCUUGGCUUCCGAUGCUGCUGCCGCUGCCAUUGAGAAAGGUAGCAUCGAUUCUGCUAUUGAAUUCCUCGAACAAGCAAGAUCGCUUCUGUGGCGCGAUGCGUUAGCGUUACCAACAGAUCUGGAGAGCUUGGAGCAGAUCAACCCAGAACUUGCGAACCAUCUUGUUGAGGUCUUGAUAGAGCAAGAGCAACACCAUCCUUCCGACGACACUGGUCCCAUUGUCAGCCCCACCUCCCCCUUGCUGAAACCCAGCAGCCUGAAGGCGCCCUGGAUGACUGCCGCAGAAGAAAAGACUCGCCUCGAAGGAACACCAGACGAUCGAUGGAAUUCUAUCGUAGGGACUGUUCGUGCGGCUGAAGCUGGUUUCAGCAACUUUAUGCGCCCUUGGAGUCUGGAAAGUCUCCGCGCUGAAGAUGCACACGUCCCAGUUGGUCCUGUUGUCAUCCUCAACUCGAGCUACAUUCGCUGUGACGCCAUCGUCCUCGUUUCGACUUCAGAACCCGUACUGGUCCCCUUGGAGGCGGUGACAAAGGGCGAGUUGGAGAGACUGGCGGCGCAGCUGGUUACUGGUGUCAGGCAACUGGGAGAAGGCACCGUCACUGGCUUCGAAUUCGACAAAGCAGUACUUGAACCAGUGCUCAAGACCCUCUGGGAGAAAGUUGUCAGUCCAGUUUUGGAAAAGCUCGAAGAAGUUGCCGUGGGCAGGAACGUUGGAUGGAUACCGACUGGCGCCUUUACAUGGCUGCCUGUUCAUGCUGCUUCCCUCGUCGCAAGAGAAGCUAUUGUACGGGAAAGAGACGAUAGGACGGAAGAAGAGGAAGGAAUCCGACAUACCAGAAUUGACUAUGCAUCCAAGUAUACGAGUUACUACGCCACAUCACUACAGUCCCUUCUCCGCCCACCAGUCUCCCAUGGUGGUCCAUCAAAUAUGUUGAUCAUCUCGGAUCAACCUGCUCGCAGGGCACCGCUCCUCGGUGGCGUGGUCACAAGCAUUCAAGCCCUCAGAGCACAACUUGGAUCCAAGAGUGACGAUGGCCGCGACAAGCAAGGUCAGAAGAUGGUCAACUUGCAAUCCUUCGAAGGACCUGGAUCUGCUGUUCCUGGAGCCAUCAUCAGGGCUCUUCAGCCACCUACCCGUGCCGACAACGAAUCGGACGAUGCACACGAUGCCAACAACGCAGUCGACGCCAUUCAUUUCUCUUGCUCCACAUUCUGCGACGCUCUCAGGCCAUCCAACAGUUCGUGGCGCGUCGCCGACGGUGGUGUCGUCCGCGUCUCUGACCUCUUCGGACCCACCAGGGCUGGUGGACCAUCGGAGGGCAAACUGCGACUUCCACAAGAGUUGAUGUCCCCGGAGGCCGCUCUUCAAUUCGCCGGUGUGAGAAGUGUCAUCGGUCAAAUUUGGAACACGAAAA